AUUUUUAUUACCAGAUGAAGUUAAUGUCAAACCAAUCAAGAUGGAAUGUUGUAAGAGAGUUGGAGUUGAAGGUGGCAGACUUCAGCUAGAUUCCUUCGGAAUUGAACUUGAGAUCCCUCCUGGUGCAAUUGACAGCGAAGCGCCGCAGGACUUUUCUCUGAGUGUCCUGACAGAUACUCCUAAUCUUGGCAACAGCAAAGAAGAGAUGUCAGUCUGUUUUGGUGUACAGUGUUUAGCCCCUGAUGACUUAGUCCUGAAGAGACAGGUGACUUACACAAUACCUCACUGUGCUGUGAUUACACGAUACUCAAGUGUGAAGGCAGUCUUGUACACGGGAGAGGGAGAAUACUCACCCGAUGCAGUUGUUAAAGAACGAAUUAUGUUGUCGAGGUCUGGAACACCUAGCUGCAUCAUAACAAAAGAUGUACUCAAACUGAAGAUGAACCACUUUUCAUGGGCGAAGAUUAAGUUGAUGAUCAAGAAUUAUUUCUUCCGAGGAAAGAAGAUGUGCUGUCGGCCAUUUAAAGAAAAGAACUUAGCCCUGCAGAAGACACCUGUCAUCUUACAUGCACACCUCUAUGACGACAUCAAAGGGAAUAGCGAGGUAAAUUAUUGUUGCGGCAGUUGA